AUAAGACGAUAUAUUUUUAUCCUGAAAACAAGGAUUUUUUUAAAGAUUUUGAAUCUCCUCUAAUUAUUUAAAUUGUAUUUACCUGGCCUGGAAACAACGUUGACGAAGCAGCAAACUCAUUCCCCAAAAAAGAUAUUAAGCAAAUCUUUGGGAAUAUUUUCAUUAAAAUUAUACAUGAGAAUUGAUUUUGUAAAUUAUCAAAAGGGUCAGUUCACAAUUCAAGCAAAAAAUUUAUUUCUUCGUGACCAUGGGUAGCGCGAAUUUCUUAUCAAUUGAUGGCCGACAUAAAAGAAAGUUUAGUGGGUUGAGAAGGUCAUGACAACAUUCGCUCUUCGAUCACUUCUCACUUGUGACUUAAUUGAGCUCCUGCAAAAUCAUUCUCAAAAAAAAUCGCAAAAGCCAAGGUUGAAAAUGGAGAUUGGAACUUCUUGGAUUUGGAUUUUCGUCAUCUGCGCUUUUUCGCUUGCCCCUGCCCAGACUCGGCCAGCAGGGAAAUUAACUUCAUUGACUGUUGGAAUUACGGCAAAAAUCUAUCAAUUUUUGAAGAGCCAGAAUUUCCACGACUGCGGCCGCUGGAACCAAAGUGGAAUCGCCCCUUGGCUUGUCUACCUCACAACGGAUGGUUUUUUUGAACGUGGUGUUCUUUUAUCGGACCAAACAGUAAUUCAUGGAAAUGAGAGGAUCUUGACCGUGCAUAAAGAAGGGAAAGAAAUUAAAAUCUACGCGGGCAAAUGUGGAGACGAAAAUGAUGAACAAAAAUGCUACAAAGGACGAGGCUUAUUGCAAAACAAAAAGGUUUUGAAGUUGAAGAAGGUGGACUUGAAGCACGGCAGAUUUCUUUCCGCGCCGAUCUUUGUUUCCCAAAUUGAAAAGGUGGAUUUGACGCCCGCGAGUGUGCAGCCCGUGUGUUUGUGGAACCGAGACAACCGAAAUGACCAACACGAAAUUUUUUUUUCAUCCGACCAUAGGAAUGAAGAGCUGAGAAAAGUAGAUUUCCUACCUGAGCAAAGAUGUUACCUUCAUGAAGAGAUCGAGAAAUGGAGAUGUGACCUUUACAGUAAUUCAAUCUGCACAUCAGGUUCAUCCGAUUUAGAAUAUUUGGUAAUUGAGAGGUCUAGUCAAUUUUAUCUACGCGCUCUUCUGGUCGAAUCUACAAAUACCACUUGUGCGUGGCUGGACUUGUUGCCGUGGACAAAUGGAAUCACUUGGGCAUCCGUCGAUUUGGCCGGGAUGCCCAAAAUCCCCAAACCGAAAACUAAGAAAGACUUUGGUCCGGACCAGAGUUUUGCUGAUUGUGGACGCCGACCGGGCCGAGUGAAAAGAGAAGCCGACGAGCCGCUUCCGUUGAUCACCAUUGGCGUGGAUGCGGUCAGAGGUCAACACCCUUGGCACGGCAGCCUCACCAUUCACACGGAAACAGGACCUUUGGAAGAAUCUUGCGGCGCGACCCUCAUUUCCAAAAAGGUCCUCGUCACAGCGGCGCAUUGUCUUUUCUGGAAGGCGAAAAAAUUGGAGGGCAGAUACGUGGACGUGACGCUCGGAAUGUACAACCGAUCGAAUGAGAAAGAGACUCGGCGACAGACGUUGACGGCUUCGAGUCUGUUGGUUCACCCUGGCUUCGAUGACAGCAGGGGUGACCUGAAAGAUGACAUCGGCUUGAUCAUUUUGAACGGCGAGGUCACCUUAACAAAUUUCGUGCGGCCCAUUUGCCUGUGGAACGACGACUACGAUUUGAACAAAAUCGCCAACAAAAUUUUCACGGUGGUCGGCUGGGGUCUGACGUACCAACACACACAGCCCGAUGUCCUUCAAAAGGCCGACAUUACCGUCGUUUCAUACCAACAGUGCUUCGACAGCAACAAGCGCUUCUUUUCCCGCAACAUGCGUCCGAGGGAAAACUUCUGCGCCGGAAUUCCUCAAAACGAGAUAAACGCGUGCUCGGGCGAUAGCGGCGGAGGAUUGACCUUUUACGACCGUGAGGUCAGCAGACGGCACGUUUUGCGCGGCGUCGUCAGCAUGGGUUUGAUGAGGAAAUUGAGCGAGGAUUUCCGAACCUGCAACCCCAAGUUCUACGCCCUCUACACCGACGUCACCAAUUACAUGGAUUGGAUCGUCGAAAACACCCCCGACAUAAAUCCUUAGAUUUUUAUAUAAAACGGAAAAUUCUAGUAAUCAUGCCGUGCGGCAUUUUUUUUCUAGAGAAUCACCACAUCAAAUGAAAUUAUUUAAUAAAUUGUGGAGGUUUAUUGCAUAAGUUAAAUACACAAGUUUGUGCGCGUUUGUUUUGAAUUUCACAAGAGGGAGCCUUCCUCGGAGGCGUGCAGCAUUUCGCUGAAGAGACUCGUGGGUCUCGAGAGCAGCUCGGUGGGCGACGCGUCCUCGACCACUUUGCCGCCGGACAGGACGACCACCCUGUCGCACUUGAGCAGCGUCACCAGCCGGUG